GUUGAGCUACACAUGAAAGUAAACGCUGUCAGUCAGUAUGCAAACAUUUCAAUAAACACAAAGUUUGGAAUAAAAAAUGUAGGGAUAGGCCACAAGAUGGCGGCAGUUUUUCUAAGACUGUAGCGAAGCAACGCAAAUCUACGCGUAGCUUUCAAUCAAACUACGUCAGGGCACGCCUACCGGAAAGCGUUCCUUUGCCAGGACUGUCGCGAAAACGUGUAUAGUUAGGGAGAACAGCUGCCUCUACGUGGAAGUACUGGCACGUCGCUAUGGAUGAACUGACGCCAUUAUUAUGGGUUGGGCCUUGUAGUGCCGUAAAGAGAGAUGCCGUAAGGGCAUAAACUCCCGCUGCAAGAUGGCCGCGGUGCCAGACGAGGCGAGUGUGGUGGUGAAGUCGGAGCUUGAGGCGCAGGAUGAGUUUAAGGCUGACAAGUCGGGGUGCGUGGAUGGGAAUGUACAGGCGCUGGGAAAUGGCGCUCCCGCGAGUCCCUCUAGUCCCCAAGCUGCUCCUCCUGUUCCACCGGGGGUUGCGGCUCCGCCAGCAUCAGCUGCUCCAGCGCCAGUGUCGGAUGCCAGUGACCGCCAAACGCUGCUGGCCGUGCUACAGUACCUGAACAAGCGCAAACUCAAGGACUCCGCCCAUAUUCUCCUGAGGGAGAGCGGACUGUUCGACUCUGAGGAACUUCUCGCCUUAACUUCGCUCAGCCCCGAGCUCGCCGGGGAAGGGGACGGAGCAGAGACGAACUUGCUGAGCCGAGUGAGUUGUGCGGCGGGAACUGGAGCGGAUGUAUCCGUGUCUUCUGCCGGGGCGGCUUCUAACUGCGCUUCUUCUGCCUCCGCCGGGAAAGCUACUUUGAAUAAUAGCCCUCAAGACCAACCAGACAUCAGCGCAGUUUUGUCUGCUUACACCCAACAAGGAGAGCCGGCCCUCUACGAGGAGUACUACAGUAAUCUGAAGCGUUUUAUUGAGUCUGUGCUAGACUGCCAUCGGGCAGAACUAUCCCAGUUGUUCUACCCACUCUUUGUUCACAUGUACCUGGAACUAGUUUACAAUCAGCAUGAACACAAGGCAAAAUUAUUUUUUGAAAAAUUUCAUGGUGAUCAGGAAUGCUAUUAUGAACAUGAUCUGCGAGUUUUAGCCAGCCUCACCAAAAAGGAGCACAUGAUGGGCAACGAGACCAUCCUUGACUUUCGCACCAGCAAGUUUGUGUUGCGAAUUUCUCGUGACUCCUAUCAGUUGCUGAAGAGGCAUUUACAGGAGCGGCAGAACAACCAGAUCUGGAGUAUCGUUCAGGAGCACUUGUACAUCGAUAUCUUCGAUGGGAUGCCACGCAGCAAGCAGCAGGUUGACGCUAUGGUGGGCAGUCUGUCUGGGGAAGCGAAACGAGAAGCAAACAAAGCAAAGAUGUUCUUUGGCCUUCUGAAAGAGCCAGAAAUUGAAGUCCCUUUGGACGACGAAGAUGAAGAAGUGGAAAAUGAAGAAGGGAAACCAAAAAAGAAAAAGCCUAAAAAAGAUAGCAGUGGAUCUAAAAGCAAAAAGCAGGAUCCUAAUGCUCCACCACAAAACAGGAUUCCACUUCCAGAACUAAAGGACUCCGACAAACUUGAUAAAAUUAUCAUCAUGAAAGAAGCCGCCAAACGAGUGACACUCAGCUCAGAUAGUCUGCCCUCCAUUUGUUUCUACUCCUUUCUUAAUGCCUAUCAGGGUCUGACGGCAGUGGAUAUAACUGAUGAUUCCAGCCUUAUAGCAGGAGGAUUUGCAGACUCCACAGUUCGUGUUUGGAGCCUUACCCCUAAAAAGCUGCGGAGUGUCAAAUCUUCGUCCGAUCUGAGCCUCAUAGACAAAGAGGCGGAUGAUGUUUUAGAAAGAAUAAUGGAUGAAAAGUCUUCAAGCGAGAUGAAGAUUUUAUAUGGUCACAGUGGGCCUGUUUACGCCACCAGCUUCAGCCCAGACAGGAAUAACUUGUUAUCGAGUUCUGAAGAUGGCACUAUCCGGUUAUGGAGUCUUCAGACAUUUACAUGCUUGGUGGCUUACAAAGGGCACAAUUACCCAGUUUGGGACACACAGUUCUCUCCUUAUGGGUACUACUUUGUAUCAGGAGGCCACGACAGAGUUGCACGUUUAUGGGCUACAGAUCAUUAUCAGCCCUUAAGAAUAUUUGCUGGCCAUCUUGCCGACGUAAUAUGCACGAGAUUUCACCCAAACUCCAACUAUGUUGCCACUGGCUCAACAGACAGAACUGUCAGAGUGUGGGACGUGCUAAACGGGAACUGUGUACGGAUUUUCUCCGGACAUAAGGGACCAGUCCAUGCAUUGGCAUUCAACCCAAAUGGAAAGUUUCUUUCAUCAGGAGCGACAGAUGGCAGAGUUCUCCUGUGGGACGUCGGCCAUGGUUUGAUGGUUGGAGAGUUAAAGGGUCACACAAACACAAUAUAUGCACUUAGGUUUAGCAGAGACGGGGACAUUUUAUCAUCAGGUUCAAUGGACAAUACAGUUCGGUUGUGGGAUGCAGUAAAAACUUUUGAAGACUUAGACACCGAUGACUUUGCAACUUCAGCGGGCCAUAUAAACUUCCAUGAAAACUCACAAGACUUACUCCUGGGUACUUUUAUAACCAAAUCAACCCCUGUCGUACAUCUCCAUUUCACAAGGCGAAACUUGCUCCUUGCUGCAGGAGCUUACACCCCACAGUGAACAGAUGCACUUUAUUCUCAAGGAUAUUUGCUAUUGUUUUGCAGAUGGACAUCUGAUGACAGUAGCCUGUGUUGACAGUCAGCCUUAUAUUUUUUUUGAAACUGUCAGCUCAUUCUGGUUUUUAAUCAAGAUUCUGUUGAACAGUGCCUAGCUCAUGUAAAAUAUGUGGUUCAGCAGCCAGAAACAUAUUUGUUGUAACCGUGAGAAGAAAAGGGGGUGGCUUUUGGGGGGAGGAUGAGUUUCUCCAGUGACUAUCCUUUCAGUGUAAAGUAAAAAAAAAAUUAUUUAUUUUAUAAACAGCUCGAGCCAGUGUCUCCUAUGGCUCCUUCAUGUCAGACCUCUACUCUUUCAAAAUGUUUUGUUCCAGUAUCUUGUUGUAGCAACUACCGAAGCUGUGAAGUGUCUCAAGCAUUUAUGUAUGAAGUGGCGCUUCUGCUAUAUUUUGUUUCCACGAAUAGUGAUGAAAAGCUGUCUAACUUGUAAUAUGCCUUUAUCAAUAUUGCUACUGUUCUACAGCUUGCAGGGAUCACGAUUGUUUUGUUAGUGUCCGCCUCUACCUCUUUUCUCCAUUCCUGAGGCAGUAGCAUUACCACUGUGAAGACAUUUUUUUGUCUUAAAUUAAACCAUGAUACAACACUGCUUUUGUUAGGGAGCAAAUAGGUGUAGGUUUUUUACUUAAGCGUGGAUCCAAGCAUUGUAAAAGUGUAGAAUCGAGGCAAUGGCUUUCUUUUAAAUGAGGCUGCAAAGUGUUCUCUAAGAUCGGACUUCAAGAAAUCCAGCUCCCUGGACUACAGUCCUGUGCGGGUCUAUUUUUUUGGAACCUAUACUGGACCCGCAUUCUUGCCUGCUUGGACCUGCUACCCGACCCGUAAGUACCUUAUCUACAGCCACUGACCACCAAGAAUUUAGGAAGUACUAUUAUUGUAAACCAGAAGUGACAUCAUUGGAAGUAGGUGGGAUCAGAAAAGUCAAACCGGAAGUGACCUCAUCAGAAGUAGACAUGAUCAGAAAAAAGGAGUAAAAAUCGGUAUUGAGAACCUGCAACCCGCUGACUCGUGUCUAUACCUGCACCCGGGACUUCAACCCGAAGGUUUUUGUGGGUACCCAACCCGCUACAGGACUCUGAGCCACAAAACUGAAGUGACUAUACAAUCUACCUUUUAGUUACUAGGUGCUUACAUGCAGCUGUAAUAAACUAUACACAUAUGAAGGCUCCACGUACCCCUCCAUCUUACAUUCUGAGUUUACAAAGUAAAUCCAUAAGUAUUUUCUAGCUUUAAUACAAGGAGUUGAAACAGUACUAUGCUGACUGGGUGUUGGGUGUAGAGGAUACAUUCCUGUAGUGCGUUGUGAUGCGACUCAGAA